GGAACGCGAUGUGCCGUUGACGCACAAAGAUCGGAUGUGUUGCUUCGGUCUCUUGACUCAGCCAGCGUAAAAUUAUUUAGUGUGUUUUGACUUCGGUCGAGCGACGGACAUCAUUUCCCCCCGAGUGUGAUGUGGCUGCGCUGACCCAGGAUGGACGGAGGUAUCACCGAGUUACCGGGUCCCUCUCUUCCCCUCUCCACUCUGCGCCUCCUCAUCCCACCGAUUCGGCUGGUCUCUGCAGCAAUCUGGCAAACGGUGGAGCAGAAAAUUGUGUCGGAUUAUGGGCUACUCGAGGAGUUUGUAUUCAUGGUCACAGACAUUGUUCCUCAACUGCUGUCGACGAGGCAGCGAGCUGAACUAAUUUUGGGCUUACGAGCACGGCUGAUCCUGGAGCUGUGUCGCGCUGAGGAUACCGCUGACCUCCAGAUCAUUCAGCCACAUCUCGACCGAAUGCAGAACCUCAGAUCUCUGUGGAACGUGGAGGCUGAUAAUGCAGAACAAGAAGUGUCUGACACACAUUUUAUGCGCCUUGUCCAAAAUCUGCUGAGAGAUCCUGAAGAGAGACGGAACUUUUUCCAGGAUGUUUUUCCAGGAGACUUUGGCCCCACAUACGACAAAGCAAUCCAGACACUGAUGUGGCUGUUUCUGUCGAGACUUGAAAAGCUUAUUCCCACCCAAACUCUGCAACAGAUCGCAUCUUUGCUCAGCAACGCCUCGUCUGUCCUGAGCGAAUGUAUGGAGACGUUUGAUCAACCUCAGGAGCUCAAGACUCUGCUGGACACUCAGAAAGACCUCAGUCAGUUGGAAGACAUUGAAUCAUACGUUGUUGACAGUGGCAUCCUGUCGGCCCUGUGUCUUCCUCCUGUGGAGAGAGUUGUGAUUGUAAAUGAACAGGCGGGAACAGAUGCAGAGAGUGGACUCAUCUAUACAGUCUGCACAGAGAUGGAGGUGGAGUCUGAGAACAAGGAGGUGUACGUGGAGGGAACCGCGAACUCGGACGAGUGUGUGCAAACCCAGUGGUUUGGUAUUGGCGGCGAGGUGAAAUCAGAGAUGGACACUGUUGUGGUUACAGAUCCCGUCGAAGGCACUGAGGCCAGUGAGAGUGAAAUGGCUGACGAGCACCAGGACGACCAGUCUGGAACACUGAUCAUCGGGGAGGACGGACAGGUGACCGUGCUGGAUGGUGUGGAGAAGAAGCCAAACAGACGCGGUAGGAAGAAGAAACGUCCCGCAGAUGAAAGCUUGGAAGUGCAGGGCGGAAAAGACGAUCCAGAGUUUGAUGUUUUGUGGGAAAGACCGGUGCGAAAGAACCGUGGACUCAAGAUGAAUCGGUACCUGUCGCAGUGGCGAAAGUCAGGAAAGACGCAGGGUAGUAAUGUCACUAAAAGCAGCUCUAAAAAGUUUGCCAGAUCCCAAGGUUCAACCAAAAGCAACGACUUGGACGAGAGAACAUGCAAAGUCUGUGGGAAGGUGGUGAGUCGAGCCAAGUUCUUAGAGCGACACAUGAAUCGACACUCAGAGGAGCUCCCUUAUUCCUGCCCUGUGUGUAAAAGGUUUUAUAAGAGCUUGCGUUACUUGCAGCAACACAGAUGUCCAAGUUUGGCAAAGACGAAGGCUGGCGGGAAAACAAAGGAUCAAGAGGCCGCUGCAGAUGAAGGCGAACAAUCGUCCAGCGGGGUUCCUUGUGAGGCAACCAAUGAAGAGCAGCCGUCAGACAACACGGAUCAGGACCCCGACUACGCCCCUUCAGGAGAGAGGAAGUCCUCCAAAGAGGCAGGACAGAAAAGCCCAGAAGGAAACAAAUCUGUGAUCGAAGGUCCGUUCUACUGCCCUCACUGCAGCGUCGAGUUCAAAUGCAAACAGACGUUUAGGUUCCAUCUUAGAAACAUCUGCUACAACGAGCAGCAGGUGGAUCCUGAGAAGCCUGAGGAUGUUAAACAUUGUUUCAGGUGUGACGAGUGUGACAAGGCGUUCAAAUACAAAUCAACGUUGGAUUCCCACAAACAGACUCACAACCCGCUCUACUGCGAGGUGUGUAUGAAACUGGUACGAGACCCGGAGGCACUGGCAAUGCACAAAGAAUCCCACACACCAUUUCAGUGCAACCAGUGUGAGGAGAACUUCCCUGUGUUCAAGGCACUUCACAAGCACUACAUCGACGUCCACAACCCCACCGAGCCUUUUACCUGCACCCACUGUCAGACAACGUUCGCCAGUUUGAAGCGUUUCAUCCGACACGAGUGGAAACACACUGGUUACCAGCCGUUCCAGUGUCCUCACUGCAGCAAAAGAUUCAGGUCCUACUCCGACCUCGUGGAGCACCAGAAGAAACACACUAAGGCGUAUCCGUUCCUCUGCUGGGAGUGCGGCAAGAAGUUCAGGCACGGCGUGACGCUGACGAGGCACGUGGAGCGUGUGCAUCACUCCGGCGAACCCAUAGCCGAGAAACCCAUGCCGACCUUCACCUGCGCCCAGUGCGGGAAGACCUUCACGUCGAGACGGUGCCUUCUGAAACACGACAACUUCCAUCACAAAGGGCUGCGUUUCCCAUGCGAGCACUGCGGGAAGGGAUUCUUCGGCAAGGACGCGUUGGUGAGGCACACUCUGAUUCACACGGGCGAGAGGCCUUUCAAGUGCGACGACUGCGAGAAGUCCUUCAGAUCCGCCGCAGAGUUGAAGAUUCACAGGAGGUACCACACCGGGGAAAGACCGUUCAAGUGCAACGUGUGUGAAAAGGGUUUUGUGCAGUCCUGCUUUCUUACCUUACACAUGCGAACCCACACAGGAGAGAGACCAUAUGUUUGUACGGUGUGUAACAAAGGCUUCUCAAGCCUGCACGGCCUAAAGAGACACAGGAGGCUUGUUCACGCGUAGAUAAUGUUAACAUAACUUUCUGUCUCUUGUUCCCUUAUUGAAGGAGGUCAGAGGUUAGCAUCAGCUGAAAAUCAGAACUUGAGGAACUGUAGAGGUUUGACCUCUUGCUCAAGGACACUUCAGCUGUGUGGACGCUGACUGAGAUGGGGAAUUAAAACCAGGCUUUCCAGUUGAGAGACAGUUUCUUCAACCUGUCAGCCAUGUUGCUAUCUGAGUGGCUGUCACAGCCUGGAUUGUUAGGAGCUAUGUAAUUGUAUAGUGCAUUAUAAAAAUGUAACUUUGUAUUUUUUACAGAAAUAUUUGCUGUAGUUCUACAUAAGAUUUGUAUGUAUAAAUGAUACGAAACUUUAAUUCCUUUGGGAAUUGAUUUCUUCUUUAAUAAAUUGAACAUUUGA